AAUAGCUCGCAAACAAACCAGAAGACGUUAGAGAAAGUGGAAUGGAUGUGAAGAUAAGUAUCUGGAUAGAUAGAUCAGUUACUAGUAAACAUGAAAGCAAACAGAAAUAGAAAAAAAAAACUAAGAGAAAAAGGAUGUCUUGUACAGUAAAGAAAAAUUGGCAAAUCAUUUUACACGGAAAAAUAGGAAAUGUUGCUUUCUUAGGAAACAUCUGAUGGACAAAAAAGCCGGAAUACCACCCCUAUAUAUAUGGCACGGCGAACUUUUCGUAUCCAAACCUCGCUACGCGGAACUAAGGCUUAUCCACCUGCUCCUCGGCCACCAAAACUUCGCAGUUCAAGGCAUCAUGAAGAACUGGUCGAAAUUAACCAUCGGACUCUUCCUGGCUGCCUUUGUCCUUAUGGCGGUUCUCUCUUCUGCUGAUGCCAGCGCCUUGCCAAACAAUGACUGCUGCCCUUUUUUUCCAAGAUGUUGCAAACCAUCGAUUCCAGAACUACCAGAUUAUUGCAAAGUGAUUUACAUUGACUGUAGUGGAGCUCCACACCACGAAUGCUGCCGAAAUUGGGGAUAAAUGUGUCAUUUUUCUAAAUCUCUCAUUAAACAGUAAACAAAGUGUGUUUCGGGUAACAGUUAUGUACGUGUUUUGCAUCCAUAUGGAAGUUUUAAUAAAAGAUGUUUCAUAAUGAUGAAUAA